AUGGCCAGCUGGAUGCGCUCGGGGCUACAGAACGUCGUCGACGGAUCCCGACGGCUCAAGGAAGAGAUCCUCCAAAACGCAGGCGUCUACGGCGCCGGGUAUUCGGACCCAGUUCUCGAAGCACGCACGCAGCGGUAUGCGCAGCACAGCGUCGCGAUCGACCGGCUUCACGCCGCGACGACGACGUACAUCAAGCAGCUCGACGCGCUAUCGGCCGCGUCCACGAGCCUCGCGCACGAGUUCAAGAGCUACUUCAACAUGCAGCUUUCUCAAUCCACGGGCCAAGACGACGCGUCGGAUGGGCUUGUGGGGCAACUCGCCCGCGCAUCCGAUUGUCUCGAGACGUUGCACUGGACGCUCAAGCAGCACGUCGUUGACGCGUCGGCGUCGAUGCUCUCGGAGAAGGUGCUCAAACCACUUGGCAAGCUCAAGCAGGACGCUGCUGCGACGCAAAAGACCAUCCAGCUGCGCAAACAAAAGAUAUUGGACUUUGAUGCACUUCGGCGGUCCACGGGCACGAGCCGUCCGUCGGCGGAAGCACAGACGCGGCUGCGCACAUCCGAGGAAGCGGUCGUUGCGGUCACGACGCAGCUCAACACGGCGCUGGACGCGCUCGAAGCCCAGCGUGGUUACCUGCUCCGCACAGAACUUCUCGCGCUCUCAGCGUCCCAUGUCUUUGUAUCGAGCAAGAGCGCCGAGGCCUUCCAGCAGCUCAUUCCGCUCAUGCCCGGCAUGGCCUUUCGGCUCACGGAGCUCAGCGCCAAGUCGGCGGGCUUGGUGGACCCGACGGCGGGACCUGUGCUGGGUAUCUUGGACUAUGCGGGGCCGGACGCCGUGCUCUCGUCGCCGGUCAAUGCGAUGAACCUCCUCGACCUCCCGACGACCGACGUCCCGCGCUUGAACGACCAAGACCCGUUCGAGCGCAUGCACUGCGCGCAGCAGCUGGCGCAAGAGACGUACCAAGCGGCGCCCGAAGCGACCCGCGAUGCGACGCCAACGACGAGCAGCAACCCCGUCGAUGCGUUCGACGUGGGGCUGCAGUGGAUGAGCUAA